AAUUGUACCGGUAUAAUAUGAAUUUUUAACCUUUCGAAUACGCGAUUCGAUAUAAAUAUACGUGUUGUGGAACAAAUGAAGCACAAGAGAAGUAACCAACGAUGAAGUCGGUUCUUUUACUCUCCAUCCUCGUGGUAGCAGUCGCUGCAAAAAAGAUACCCGAGGAAACCGUAAAGAAAUUCGAAGAAACUAUAGGAGACCUGAAAAUGAAAUGUAUAGAAGAAAGCAAAGUUGACCCAAAACGCAUAGAAAAAAUGAUCAAAGAAUUGGAUUUCACCGAAGAUAAAGCCCUAAAGUGCUAUUGGAGGUGUUUACACGAGAAGGUCAAUAUUUUUAAGGCCGAUGGCAGCUACGAUAACGAACUUAUUGUGAAAAAGUUUCCAUUUAUUAAGAAGGAUCUCCAAGAAAAGUGUGAAAAACGACACAGGGAUGAAAAGGAUAAUUGUGACAAAGCCUUCAAAUACAGUUUGUGCAUCAUUGAUGAUCUUAUUGUAGAGAAAUAAAUUAUAUUUGUAAAUAAACUUAAAAAUUAUAAGUUAUAUAUAAGUUAAGUAUACGAAAUAAAUUUUUCACUCAACGGUA